AUGCAGAAGGAGUUUGUGCGUCUGAUCCAGAGCAGCGGCGUCCUCGUGGUUCUCUCUCAAGCCUGGAUAGAGGAGCUGUACCGCCAGGUGUUGGAGCGCAACCUGCUGGCUGAAGCCGGGUACUGGUGCUCACCUGAGGAACACACACACUCGCUGCCGCUCAUCACUAUGCUAACAGAUAUCGAUGGUCUGGGCAGCAGUGCGAUCGGCGGUCAGCUGAUCAGGCGGCCGUCCAGCCAGUCCCCGUUCAGCUGUGACAAGUCGUGCAGCGACAGCGUGACAGCAGGAUCUGUGUUCUCACGCUUCAUCCUCACCAGCGUCUGGAAGAACCUGAUCGACGUUCUGUCCACGCCUCUGACGGGCCGCAUGGCGGGCAGCUCCAAGGGUCUGGCGUUCAUCCUGGGAGCCGAGGGCGUCAAAGAGCAGAGCCAGAGAGAGAGAGACACCAUCUGUCUGAGUUUAGACGGCCUGCGUAAGGCCGCCGCGCUCAGCUGCGCCCUCG